UCUAUUUUAGAUUGUGUAGCGAAACUCGCUCCUUCAUUGUAUCGCUGCUGUUGUGACGCGCAAGUUUGUGAAAUAAAGUGCAGAGAAAAUAUAUGUUUUAAACCAAAUAAAUUAUCGAAUUGUUCUAAAGAAGUAAUUAAUUAAUAAUUAUGUCUGGACCAAAUCCAUUGGGAGCAAUUGCUGUUAGCGUAGGUGUUGGGCUACUAUAUCAGUUUAUGACCUCGAAUUCCAAGAGUAAAAUCGAGCUGAUUGAGAAUUUUCAACAAUGCAUUAAAGCCGUGAAGAUAUUACGGAGGCAUUGUGCUGAAGUACCUGUUCUUGGCUUUGACUGUGAAUGGGUGAACGCACCGGAUGUAUCGUUAUUGCAGUUAUGUAGUCACAAGGGCUUUUGUGCUGUUAUAAGGCUAUGCAAUAUACCAACACCACCGUCAUCGCUGUGCGACCUACUAAGAGAUCGGAAGGUGGUUAAGGUUGGUGUUGGCAUUACAAGUGAUUGCCAAUAUCUAAGAACGUGUAAUCUUCCCACAAAUUCUGCAUUGGAUUUGCGCUUUAUGGCCAAAUUGACUGGAGAAAGAGCGCAAAAUUUGGCUGAUAUGUAUAAGGAUGUUGUGGGCGGUACUUUGAAAAAAGAUUUUGAGUUAAGCUGUUCAGGUUGGGAGGCAUUUCAAUUGACUCCCCAACAAAUUCAAUAUGCUGCUGAUGAUGCUAUAGCAGGAAUGGAGAUAUAUUUACAAUUAGCCAAGAAAGUGACAAAUGUAAAAGUUUUUACGGAUUAUUAUGAUAUGGAUUACAUACCUUAUCACCACGACAAUUUGAAAAGUCUUAUUACAAAUCGAUGUUCACUCCAGUGAAUACACUGUGAAUAUGUAUGUUCAAAAUUGUUGUUUGAAUAAAUACAGAAAGCUACAUUGGUGGGUAAAAUGGGCAAAAAUGGAUUACAAAUUACACCAGUUUGAGUAUAAAUCUUCCCCCAUAUCCAUAUUAUAGUGAUUUUCUCUUUUCUGGAUCACUUUAUUAGUAUUUGCCUUUUUGAUUGAAUUUAUGUCGCAUAUAUCUGUAUUUCAGAUGUCGCAAUAUAAUUAGGCGAGAAUAUUUUAGGAUUACACCGCCAAGAUUUAAAAAUUAUAUUGAUGUACCAUAAAUAAAUAAUAUAAAUAUCGAUUUGUGUUAAUUAUA